AUGCGUAGCGACGACGAGGAAGACGACCACUUUGAGGACGAGGAUGAAGAUGAGGAUGAGGAGAUGCGUGAGGAUACCGGCAACCAAUUCGACGACGACCAGGAAAUGGACGAAGACGAGGACGAUGCCGAAGGAGAGGAAGGCGAUGAUGGGGAGGAAGAUGAUGAUGAAGAGGAAGAAGACGAGGAGGAAGAAGACGAUGAGGAUGAGGAUGAGGAUGAUGACGACGACGGAGCUGGAGAAGAAGAGGACCAGACACGCCCCACGACCACAGCACCAACAGCUGAGCCAUCCGCCCAGCAGUCAAAGGAGGCGACGCCUCGCUCCGAGACCCGUCAGCCAACACCACCUCAACAGUCCCGGCGCUCGCUCUUCGUUCCGUCCCAGCCAUGGCCGCCAUCAAACCUCACCAUCGAGACUGUUGUCGGCAUUCCCCUCCCGACAGCCGUGCACUCAAUAGCAGCCUCCACGUGUUUAUCCUACCUCCUCACGGGUGGUCAGGAUGGGCAUGUGCGGGCAUACGACUUCUGGGCAUCGGUCAACGGCGGUCAGGUCAUGACCGCGCAACAGCGCAGCAUUGUCGGACUAGGCGAAAGUGUUCACAAGGCCGGUGUGGGGCGCGGAUGGUGGUCUUGCGAGGUGGAAGAUGGAACGCCACCUACGAAACGCAUCGAGCCCGUGUACUCGCUCGCGUGCGAGGGCGACGCACUGUGGGCACUGGCCGGGAGCCAGAGCGGGCCGAUCAACCUCUACUCAUUGCGACAUAAGCCAGGACACCUCGUCCACUCGCUCAAGGGACAUACGAACGUCGUUAGCGCGCUCCAAUUGCUUCCGGGCGACCGUGGGGUACUUUCGGGCUCGUGGGACGGCGGGGUCAAGGAAUGGGACCUCAACUCGGGGCAAGUUGUGCGCUCUUACCCCACCCACGGCGCCCAGAUCAGUUCCCUCUCCCUCCGGCCCAUAACGCAGGACACUGACAAGGUGCCCGAGAAGGUCGGCACUAACGGUGACGCGCUCCCACACGUGAGUGUCAACGUCGGGCCUGGGUUCUUCAAGGCGGAUCGCGAGCCGGAUGGCGAUGCGGUGAUGGCGGAAGAGAAGCCGGAGGUCAAGGAGGAGAAGGAGCCGGACGGCCAGGAAAACCGGAACAUGCCUGCGGUGGCCGAGUCGGAGAAGGCUGCGGCAUGCGAGGACGACGACGCCGACAGCUUAUUCGACGACGACGCCGACGCCGAUGCCGAAGACGAGAGCAAGCCCGCCACCCCGGCGUUGCAGGCACUCGGUCUUGCGCUGCCGGGUGCCAACCCUCCGAGCGCGAGUGCGAGUGUUACGCCUGCGCCUGCGCUCGCACCCAUAGUGCCAAGUGUGCCACGGCCAAGGCCCAACCUCGUGUCAGGCGCGGCGGCGAGCAUACCCCUCCUCUCACCGGCAGUGUACAAGGAGAUGUCGAACGACAUCAUCCUCGCUUCGAGCAUGGACGGACAAGUGACGUUGUUUGAUCGGCGGGAGGGUGGGCCCGUCGGGCGCCUGAUCCCCGGCGACCGCGCACCUCCGUGGUGCAUGAGCGCUGUCUGGCUCGGCGACGGGAACCAAGUGCUCGCUGGACGCCGAAAUGGUACAAUCGACAUCUGGGAUGUGCGCAAGACCUCGUCCACUUGCACGAGCGUGCUCCGCACCCUGCGCACGCCGUCCGACUCGGGUCCCGUGUCAUGCAUCGUCGCAUUCCCAGACGGGAAACACGUUGCGACCGCGAGCACGGACAACAUCCGGCUAUGGAACACAGUCGAGUACUACGAGCCCGAGGAACCGGCGAAGAAGAAGAGCUCGCGGCCACCGUUCCGCAUCAUUGCCGGCCAUCAUGGUGGGACGGUCUCGAGCAUGAUCGUGGACCCAACGUCGCGCUUCCUCAUCACGGCGAGCGGCGACCGCGGAUGGCAGGGCGAGAGCACACGUGUCGUACUCUUACAUGAGGUCAAGUGGUAG